AUGGUGAACCAUCGUACCGAAGAAGAAGCGACAAUUGUGAUCGAUGUUGGAAGCUCGAGCGCGAAGGCGGGCUUCUCUGGAGAGGACAUGCCGCGAGCUGUUUGCCCCUCGGUCGCAGAAGAUCUACACCUCUCCGCGGAGGAGUUAUCCACCUAUCGCGCAAGGCGUCCCGAGAGCCGGGAGUGUUACCUGGAGUACGGAAACACGGGUAAGGACGACGAAGCGGUCGCCGCCGGCGAUCACCCCGUGCGGCGAGGCGUUCUGCGGGACAUCGACGAGAUGGAGAAACUCAUGGACAACCUCUUCAACUUCGAGCUGGCCGCGUACGCUGGUGCUCACACUCCGGUGCUGAUGGUGGAACCACCUUUAAACGAGCGCUCGCAACGGCAGGAGAUGGCUGCAAUGAUGUUCGAGACGUUCAAGGUACCGGCUCUCAGCGUGUGCAACUCCUCCGUGCUGGCGCUCUUCGCCUCCGGCAGGACGCGCGGGUUGGCCCUCGAGGUCGGGGGCGGCGUCGCCCACGCGGUCCCCGUCUUUGAGGGCUUCGCGCUCAACCACGCCGUGCUCAGGCUGGAGGGGGCGGGUCAAGACAUCACCAAUCGAUUGAAAGGCCUCCUCGAGGAACGGGGACACCACCUGCCGUUCGAUACGGUUCGAGACGUCAAAGAAAGCCUGUGCUACAUCCCGACAGACCGCGGCGUUGCCCCCGGCGAGGACGAGUACGAACUGCCGGACGGGAACACGGUCACCCUAGACUCGGAAUGCCGCAGCCAAGCUGCAGAGCUGAUUUUUAACCCUGACGCUGGGGGCAAGGACUUCGCGGCGCGGGCAACAGACGGCGGUCUUGCGAGCAUGGUCAUGCAAAGCAUCUCCAUGUGUGACAAGGAUAUCAAUCCUGACCUCCUGGGGUCCGUUGUGGUGGCGGGAGGAACGACGAUGAUGGCGGGGUUCGUAGAGCGUCUUCAAGACGAUCUAGACAGGGUCUCUCCGCCGGGGGCACCUAUGAUGGCGAGCGUCAUACCCCACCCUACGAGCCACGAACCCGGCUACAACGCGCAGAGAAAGCACGCGCCAUGGAUAGGAGGCUCGAUGCUGGCGUCGCUGUCGCCGUUCAAGCAGCUACAAGUCACCCGACAAGAGUACGAAGACAGCGGGGAGAGCAUCAUCCAUCGGAUUUUCUUGUGA